UAGGAGAUUAAUCAAUUGAAAUCGCAUGACCAUUGGCUCAUCUUAGGGUAAAUGGCUAAUAUGUGUCCCGUUUGUCACUUUCUAGGCACUUAAAGUAGCUUUCAAACUUUUCUACAGGCGUUGCUGGUUAGCUCAAUGGACUUCUCGCCACAUUCUGUGACAACAUUCUCAAAAUAGGCGGGAGUGAGAAAUUGAGUGAUGAAGCCAUUGAAGAGACAUUGGAGAAGGUGAGGUGGUAAAGCUAUUAGCUUAUAUUAGUGAUAAGGACUUGUUUGCAGAAUUUUAUAGGAAAAGGCUAGCCGGACAGUUGUUAUUUAAUAAGAGUGCCAAUGAUGAACAUGAGAGAAUUAACCUAACAAAGUUGAAGCAGCAGUGUGGGGGCAGUUCACAUCAAAGAUGGAGGGAAUUGCAAGCUAUCCAGAUCAAUUAUACUGAAUACAAGUCUUUUAAUCUCAACCUCCCAGCAGAAAUGGUUAGGUGCGUUGAAGUAUUCAAGGAGUUUUAUCAAACAAAAGGAAGCACAGAGACUUACAUGGAUAUACUCUUUGGGUACUUGCAACAUAUAUGGAAAAUUUGAGCCAAAAGAUUAUUGAGCUUGUUUUCAAUACUUAUCAGGCUUUAGCUCUGUUGCUCUUUAAUGCAUCAAAUAGAUUGAGUUAUCAGGAAAUCAUGACGCAAUUAAAUCUAUCAAUAAUGAUGUUGUUCAGCUUCUUCAUUCCCUUUCAUCGUUUCACAUGUGAAAUACAAGAUUUUCAACAAGGAGCAACACACCAAAAUAAUUUCUUUGACGGAUGUAUUUGAGUUCAACUCAACGUUCAUUGACAAAAUGAGGAGGAUCAAGGUUAAAUUAAUGAUGAGUAAGGGCAACAGGUUUUUGGAAUUAUUGUAGGGUUGCAUUCUGUUAAAUUGUGAAGAUAUUGAAAUCACAAUGAACCAACUUAGCACAAUCGAUCUGGAACAUGGAUGGGGCAUCAUUGAAAGGGGCAUUACAAAGCUGAAGAACAUACUAGAAGGGCUGCCUGAGCCUCAGUUCAACUCAGAGGACUAUAUAACGCUGUAUACGACCAUUUACAACAUGUCUUCUAAGAAUCCCGUAAAUAAUUGUUCUCAACAGCUGUAUGACAAAUAUCGUGAAGCUUUUGAAGAAUAUAACAUAACAACGGUAUUGCCUUCUUUGAGAGAAAAACAUGAUGAGUUCAUGUUGCGAGAGCUGGUAAAAAGGUGGUUAAAUAAUAAGGUCAUGAUCAGAUGGUUGUCGAGAUUCUUCCAUUAUCUUGAACGCUAUUUUAUUUCCCGGAAAUCUGUGCCAGGACUUAACGAAGUUGGAGUAACUUGCUUCCGUGAUCAGGUCUACCAAGAGUUGAAUGGAAAAGUAAGGGAUGCUGUUAUAUCUCUGAUUGAUCAAGAGCGUGAGGGAGAGAAAAUUGACAGAGCUCUCGUAAAGAAUGUGAUGAAAGUAUAUGUUGAAAUGGGAAUGGGGUUAAUGGUUUAUUAUGAGAACAGUUUUGAAUCUGCAAUGCUCAAGGACACAUCGGCUUAUUAUUCUCGCAAAGCUUCUAACUGGAUCAUCAAAGAUUCAUGUCCAGAUUAUAUGCUGAAAGCCGAGAAGUGCUUGAAACAGGAGAAAGAUAGGGUCUCUCAUUAUCUCCAUUCAAGCAGUGAGACAGAGUUGCUUCAGAAAGUGCAACAUGAGUUGUUGUCUGUGUAUGCCACUCAACUUCUUGAGAAGGAGCACUCUGGAUUCCAUGCGUUACUAAGAGAUGAUAAGGUUGAAGAUUUAUCAAGGAUGUAUAGGCUCUUUUCUAAGACCCCUCGAGGCUUAGACCCUGUGGCUAAUAUUUUUAAGCAGCAUGUUACUGCUGAAUGGACAGCUUUGGUGAAACAUGCUGAAGAUGCUGGUAGGAAUAAAAAGGCAGAUAAGAGAGAUGUGGUUGGUUUGCUGGAACAGGUUUAUGUUCGAAAAGUAAUUGAGCUUCAUGAUAAAUAUUUGGCAUAUGUGAAUAGUUGUUUCCAAAACCACAUACUUUUUCACAAGGCUUUUGAAGAAACUUUUGAGCUUUUCUGCAACAAGGGUGUUGCUGGUCGCUCAAGCACUGAACUUCUUGCCACAUUCUGUGACCACAUUCUCAAAAGAGGCGUGAGUGAGAAAUUGAGAGAUGAUGCCAUAGAAGAGACAUUGGAGAAGGUGGUAAAGCUGCUAGCUUAUAUUAGUGAUAAGGAUUUGUUUGCAGAAUUCUAUAGGAAAAAGCUAGCCCGGCGGUUGUUAUUUAAUAAGAGUGCCAAUGUUGAACAUGAGAGAAGUAUCAUAACAAAGUUGAAGCAGCACUGUGGGGGGCAGUUCACAUCAAAGAUGGAGGGAAUGGUCACAGAUUUGAUAUUGGCAAGGGAAAAUCAAGCCAGCUUUGAGGAGUAUGUGAGCAAAAAUCCAAUAGCAAAUCCAGGAAUUGACUUGACGGUGACUGUCUUGAAGACUGGCUUCUGGCCUAGCUACAAGUCUUUUGAUUUCAACCUCCCGACAGAAAUGAUUAGAUGUGUUGAAGUAUUUGAGGAGUUUUAUCAAACAAAAACGAAGCACAGGAAGCUUACGUGGAUAUAUUCUUUGGGAACUUGCAUUUUAAAUGGAAAAUUUGAGCCGAAGUCUAUUGAACUCGUUGCCACUACUUAUCAGGCUUCUGCUCUGCUGCUCUUUAAUGCAUCAGAUAGAUUGAGUUAUCAGGAAAUCAUGACACAAUUAAACCUGUCAGAUGAUGAUGUUGUUGGGCUUCUUCAUUCUCUUUCAUGUGCUAAGUACAAGAUUCUCAACAGGCAGCCAAGCACCAAAACAAUUUCUCCGACUGAUGUCUUUGAGUUCAACUCAAAGUUCACUGACAAAAUGAGGAGGAUCAAGUUACCUCUCCCUCCUGUUGAUGAGAAGAAAAAGGUAAUUGAAAACGUUCACAAGGAUAGGCAGUAUGCCAUAGAUGCUUCAAUUGUGCGUAUUAUGAAGAGUCGUAAAGUACUGGGCUACCAGGAACUGGUUAUCGAAUGUGUUGAGCAUUUGGGACGGAUGUUCAAGCCUGAUGUCAAAGCUAUCAAGAAGAGAAUUGAAGAUUUGAUAACUAGAGAUUACCUUGAGAGGGACAAAGAUGAACCAAACUUGUUCAAGUACUUGGCAUGAUUUGUGCAAAUCAUGGUGAAUGUGUGAUGUUUACAGGAAUUCUGCAAUCUACAUAGGAGGAGAAACAUGCCGCCAAAGAUGAUGACGGAUUUCUGCAACUCCUACCUUCCUGGACCUUUUAUUGCCUUGCAUCAGGAGCUUGAAUCAUUUUGUACAAAUGGUUAAGAACUAAAGAUCUCAGGAAAAGUAGAAUUGCCUCUCAGAUACUUGAGUUGAGAUUGCCUUAACUUCUUCCAGUCUUAUAUGGCCCUUUCGCGUGCUCUAUUCCGUGUUUUGUCACCUACCUGUUCGAGUUUUGAGUAAAAAUAAUAUUCUAGUCAACAGCUUACCUCUCUGGAUUCAGCACAAUGGCUUCUGCUCUGCUGCUUUUUAAUGCAUCAGAUACAUUGACUUAUCAGAAAUAAUGGCGCAAUUAAACCUAUCAGAUGAUGAUGUUGUUUGGCUUCUUCAUUCCCUUUUAUGUGCGAAGUACAAGAUUCUCAACAAGGAACCAACCACCAAAACCGACUGAUGUAUUUAGUUCAACUCAAAGUUCACUGGCAAAAUGAAUUGUUGUAAAUGUAUGCAGAUACGUAAUAAUGAGUAAGGUUAGCCUUUCUACUAUGAAUUGUUGCACUACAUAACUAACCCCGUGAGGAUAUUGCUGUAAAUGUAUGCAAAUACACGUCCCUCCGGUUGAUGAGAAGAAAAAGUUAAUUGAAGGCAGUAUGCUAUAGAUGCUUCAAGUAGUGGGGGUGGGGGAUUGGGUGAGUGAGAGGAGACGAUAAACUUGGAAAAAGAAACCAUUAAUGACAAGAAGAGAAUUUAGUGAGAUGUGAAUCUCUCUUUCUCCUUUUAUGUGUUUUUCCUUAUUUCUCGAAAAUCCCCUUAUACUUCUAACUAUUUCCAUUUUUGACGCGGUUAAGCCCUGAAGCGAGACUCAAAAUGUGUUGAGCGCUUCAGUUCGCUUUAUGUGCACUUCUAUAUUGUCACUAAGGUUCUAAGGCAAACUUUUUCUUGCCAAUGGGCCUCUUCGGAAGAAUUGAAACUAUACAAUUGAUAUUUCACUUUUAUCAUAAUGUUUUUUCAAUUUCUAUGGUCAUAUAUUUGUUAUGCAUGUUUAUAACUAUUAGUCUUAGACUAAACAUAUAUAUUUGUAUAUUUUGUCCCUUUGAACUUUUUUUAAUUAAAGCUCACACUUUAUUUGUGUUUUGCACUUUAAGCCCCAUUGGACCUUAGAGUUUUUUUGCUCUUUUCGCCUUUGAUAACACAAAUUCAUUAGCAAAAUCAUUUUCCUCGAGAGAAUAUUUUUUUUAAGCAUUUUGACCAUUCAAAUAUUAAAAAUCUGGAAAACACCGACAACACUCUCAAAAAAGAAAAAGAAAAGAGUACUCAAGCACUUGGGGUAAAAAUGCAUGAAACCCCAAAAUAGUUGGAAUACAUUUGCAACAACUCUGAAUGAAAAACAAAGAAAUUACCCCGGCAAAAAUGGAAAUACCUAGAAGUAAGUAUAAGAGGAUUUUCGAGGAAAAGGAAAUUACAUAAAAGGGGAAAGAGAGAUUCACAUCUCACCCGAUUCUCUUUUUGUCAUCAAUGGUUCCUACCUUCCUGGCAGCUCCAUCUUAUGACCUCAUCAGGUCUAGAAUCUCCGAUCACCCUUUCGGCAAAUUCCUUCGCUCUCCGGUGACAUCACAGGUAUAUUUUCCGGUUAAGUUGCGAGUUUCGAUUUGAUGUACACUAUUCCUACAUAUGUAUAUACCUAUGAUGCAUAGUUGAUGUGGUGGUUUCUGAUUAAUUGUUUCUUCCUUUGCUUCAGACUGAUCCUGUUAUUAAUUUUGUUUCCAGUAGCUAUUGAAAUUGUGCUAUUUUGUUGUGGUUGAUUUUGCGAUCUUCAGAGGUGGAUUGAUGGACUAGUUUUAUGUUGUUUUUUAUUUCUCUAUAGUUGACUCUGAGCAUAAGUGUUAUUUCCUUUUGAAGUUAGGUAUAGUGGAGGUUUAGUAUUCAUUACUGGUAGGUUUUGAGUUUAAUUUUUUGUUCAUUAUUGUUGCAACUAACGGCAUUCAUGUAAAAUAGUGUAAUGUUGAAGUAUUUGAGCAACUUAGCUUUUCAGUGUUUGUGAUAUGUAUUUUCUUUCGCUAUUCUCAGUUUUAUUUACUUACUAAUUUAUAUAAGUAUAUUGGAAAAUGUUGUAUACGGUUUUCUUUUUUAAUGGAACCCUGAAAAGAUUUUAAAAGUUCAUAUCUUUUAGGGCCAAGUGUGCAAUUUUGGUAUUUCUAGUUUAUGUAGGUCCUAGGAAUAACUUGGCAAAACUUAGUUCUUGAGGAAUUCCUAUCAGGUCAGGGUCUUGGGGAACCAAGUCAUAAUCGUUAGGAAUCAAUCAAUUGUAUGGAAUGUGCUUAGAGAUGUGUCAUAUGAUACCAGCCGACAUGUCUCAUGCCACCAAAAUGUUGUUAUCAUGUGAGUACUAGUCCAAUAAAUACAAUUUCCUGAAAAGUGCCCCUUUUCGGGGGUAAAGGACGUGAAGAGCUUGCAAUAAAUUGCUGGAUCAAUUCCUAAAUAGAAUUUAGAUGUAAUAAGCAUGAAUAAAAUGUAAGCUCAAAUGAAAUGAACAUAGAUGAUUUGUUGGCAAGUAAAUAUCAAUAGUGGAUGAGGUAAUAACUUAGCGUUUUUAUUUCGGCUGAAUGUAGGUAGUCUCUGCUGCACAUUAUUGUACUCUUGUGAAGCUCUCUUGAAGGCGUCUUUUUUUUUGUGACAUGUACUUCUCCUUUACGCUUAUCUCAGCACUUCUAAAUUUUGAAGUCUGGACUUGUUUAGUUACACAAAUGGCUCAUUUGUGCUUGAUAAUUUAUUAUACUUCAAGUCUUAUACAUCCAACUAAAUAUAUAAUUCAGAGUGGUAAAGAAUCUUAGAAACAAAGAUGACACUGAACCAAUAAAAAAACUCACUACCUUUUCCAGUUAGGCAUCUAUAACUGUGGUAAUUUAGAAUAUUUCCAGUUAGUGAGCUUUGAUUCUUUCCUUUAUUAUUGGAUUUUAUUCUUGUGCUCCUUUAGCUUCUCUCCUCUUUGUAUUACUUGAAUUUAAGCCGCCAAUAUGUAAUCCUGUUUCCUGUUCUUGACUUCUAGUCAUAUUCUUCUACGCUUUCUAUUGUAAGACCCAGAAACGGCUCAAGGUACUUCUGCGACUCUUUGUAUGCAUCGCUCCUUAACAGCCGCACACUUUGAAGCCUUGAAAUCCAAGUAAUCUGGUCAUAUUUCAAGGAUAAAGCCAAGCUUGUAGAUUGUCCAACAUCAGAUUUUGGUAUUUAAUAAGAGCGUUCUUUCUGUCAUUUGUUUGUUUAUUCUCAAGAAUAGAGUCUCAUAUUAAUGUGAUUUGUUUUUCUGAUUGGCUUAUAACUUGCUUGAUUUUCUUUUUAGAUUUUGUUGAGAUUAGUUGGUGAUGUUAUUUAGUUUGGGAACAGGGCCACAGGUGUUUGGAAUUUGUGUAAGGUUGCAUUCUGUUAUAUUGUGAAGAUAUUAAAAUCACAACGAUCCAACAUAGCACAAUUGAUCUGGAACAUGAAUGGUGCUUCGUGCAAAGGUACAUCACAAAGCUGAAGAAUAUUCGAGAAGGGCUGCCUGAGCCUCAGUUCAGUGUACUAGCAGGACAAUUUACAUCAUGUGUACUCAGAAGCCCCCACAUGAUUAUUCUCAACAGCUGUAUGGCAAAUAUCGUGAAGCUUUUGAAGAAUAUAUCACAACAACGGGUAUUGCCCUUCUUUGAGAAAAAAUAAACAUGACGAGUUCAUGUUGCAAGAGCUGGUAAAAAUGUGGUCAAAUCAUAAGGUCAUGGUCAGAUAGUUGUCUCUUCCGGUAUCUUGACCGCUAUUUCAUCUCCCAGAGAGCUCUGUCGGGGCUUAAUGAAGUUGGACUAAUUUGUUUCCAUGAUCAGGUCUGCCAAGAGUUGAAUGGAAACGUUAAGGAUGCUGUUAUAUCUCUUUCUUUGAGGUUUCACUACCAUUUCUUUUUAACAUUUAAUUGAGCAAUAAUAUUCUGAAAGCUGCUGCAAAAUUCAGAUUUUACGAUCUGACAAUGGCAUGGAGUACACUUUUCAUCAGUUUGGUCUAUUUUGUGAGGAAGCAUGGAUUGAACAUCAGCUUACUGCUCCUUAUACUCCAAAACAAAAUUGAGUUAGUGAGAGAAGAAACAAAUUUAUCAUGGAUCUGGCAAGAUGUAUGUUGCACGCAAAGAAUUUGCCAAGGAUGUUCUGGACAGAGGCAGCAAAUACAGCUGUGUUUCUACAAAAUCAACUUCCCUCAAAAACUGUGAAAGAUAAAACUCCUUUUGAAGCAUGGUAGGGAACAAGCCUCCACUGCAUUUUCUUAAAGUGCUUGGUUGUCUUUGUUUUACCUAUGUUCCUCAGGUCAAACGGGAUGAACUAGCCAAGAAGGCUGCCCCGGACAUUUUUAUCGGGUAUAGUAAUGUUUCAAAGGCGUACAAAAUCUUUCAACUUGAAGGUGAGAAGAUAGUUAUCAGCAGUGAUUUCCACUUCAUGGAGAAUGCAGAAUGGGAUUGGGAUGACUCAAGUAAUUCCGUCUACAAAACAAGCUCGUGGUUAAAUGAAAGGAACGAUGGUCCACCAAUCAGGGGAACUCAAUUGCUCUCUGAAAUAUAUAUGAGAGAUGCAAUGUUGUGAUUCUUGAACCUGCUAACCCUAAAGAUGCUCUCAAAGACCCCAAGUGGAAAAAAACACAAUGGAGAAGGAGCUGUUUAUGAUCGAAAAAAUGGUAAGUGGCAGCUUGUUGACAAACCUCAAGGCAGAAAAGUAAUUGGGGUAAAGCGGGUGUUCUGAACCAAGCUAAAUGUUUAUGGUUCAAUCAACAAGCAUAAAGCAACGCUUGUAGUUAAGGGUUAUGCGCAGACAUGAUCAGAUUGCUUAUAACUAUUUUUGCACAACGUUGCUGGAAAGUGCGUCAGAUGGAUGUCAAAUCAACAUUUCUUAAUGGCAUUCUUGAAGAAGAAAUUUAUGUCGAGCAACCUCAAGGGUCUGUACAGAUGGAAAGGAAGAUAAAUUCUACCGAAUACAUAAAGCUCUUUAUGGCUUAAAACAGGCACCAAGAGCUUGGUAUAGUCGAAUAGAUGAUUAUUUGCUCGGCUGCGAUUUUGAAAAGAGUCUUUCAGAAUUCACACGGUAUGUUAAACAUAAUAGCAGUGAGAUACUUGUUGUUUCUCUAUAUGAGGAUGACCUUUUGAUUACACGGAGCAGUGAAAAGCUAAUUGAUGAGUUCAAGCAAUAUAUAAUGCAAGCUUUUGAAAUUUCUGAUCUUGGUCUUAUGACAUGUUUCCUUGGAAUGGAGAUUACACAAGGAAAGGUUGAGUUCUCCGUUUGCCAGAAAAAGUACGCAAAGGAAAUCCUCAAAACCGUUUCUCAAAACAUAAUGUGAUUGAGCUUCAUGAUAAAUAUUUGGCAUAUGUGAAUAACUGUUUCCAAAACUGCACACUUUUUCACAAGGAAAAAGCUAGCCCGGCGGUUGCUAUAUGAUAAGAGUGCCAAUGAUGAACAUGAGAGAAGUAUCCUAACAAAGUUGAAGCAGCAGUUUGGGGGGCAUCAAAGAUGGAGGGAAUGGUAAGCUAUCCAGAUCAGUGUUCUCUGGUGACAUUCUUCUUCUCUUCCUGUACGUAGGUCAUAGAUUUGACAUUGACAACGGAAAAUCAAGCCAGCUUUGAGGAGUAUUUGAGCAAUAAUCCAAUAGCAAAUCCAAGAAUUGGCUAGACGGUUACUGUCUUGACUUCUGGCCUAGCUGCAAGUCUUUUGAUCUCAACCUCCCAGCAGAAAUGGUUAGAUGUGUUGAAGUAUUCAAGAUGUUUUAUCAAACAAAAACGAAGCCCAGGAAACUUACAUGGAUGACUCUUUGGGAACUUGCACAUAAAUGGAUAAUUUGAGCCAAAGACUAUUGAGCUCGUUGUCACUACCUAUCAAGUUGAUUGUUGGCUUACUUUUUGAAAUCAGAUAGGCUUAGUUAAUUUGAAACAUUUCUAUUACGUUAUCAAUAAGAAAACGAGAUUAAGGCUUCUUCCUUUUUGUAGGCUUCUGCUCUGCUGCUCUUUAAUGCAUCAGAUAGACUGAGUUAUUAGGAAAUCAUGACGCAAUUAAACCUAUCAGUUGAUGAUGUUGUUUUUCUUCAUUGCCUUUCAUGUGCGAAGUACAAGAUUCUCAACAAGAAACCAAUCACCAAAACAAUUUCUCCGACUGACGUCUUUGAGUUCAACUCAAAGUUCACUGACAACAUAAGGAUGAUCAAGAUACCUCUCCCUCCUGUUGAUGAGAAGAAAAAGGUAAUUGAAGAUGUUGACAAGGAAAGGUGAUAUGCUAUAGAUACUUCAAUUGUGUAUAUUAUGAAGAGUCAUAAAGUAUAGGGCUAACUGGUCAUGGAAUGCGUUGAGCAGUUGGGACGGAUGUUCCAGGUAUCCUCAGGGGGAUAAACUUCUACUUCUCAAUUUUAUUGUUAGUUAUUCAAGUUCAACUGAGCUAAUUACUUUGUCUUGGAUACUCCAUAGCUUAAUGUCAAAGCUAUCUAGAAGAGAAUCGAGAAUUUGAUAACUAGGGAUUACCUAGAAAGGGACAAAGAUAACCCAAACUUGUUCAAGUACUUGGCAUGAUUUAUGCAGAUCAUAUAAGUGAUGUUGGUAUGAACUUCUGCAAUCGACAUAGGAGGAGAAACAUGCCGCCUAAGAUGAAGACAAAUUUCUUUAACUCCUAGCUCUCUGGACCUUUGAUUCUCUUGCACCAGGAACUUGAAACAUUUUGUACAAAUGGUUAAGAUCUCAGGAAAUAAUACAAUUGCCUCUCAAACAUAUCAUUAAUUCUUAAAUGACAAUUUGCUGGUUAGAGCGAUAA